AGGCUCAUUGGUAACGUGUGUGGUCAUGGUAACAUUAUGGCAUUCCAGCGUUGCUAGGUGGUUGCAUUUUACAUCCAGGACAAAUUUCAUCAAAAUUUGCUCUCCCUGUGGCUUCCCGCAUGUCCUGUCGUCGCCCCACCAACCGAUCGACGAUUUGACGCAAAUGGGAAAACUUUGCACCAAGCUACAGGGUCCCGCUAAUUGGCAAAUAAGCACGAUGUAACAGAGACCCGUUAUUGUUGUUAUUCCUGUUUAGUUGAUUUAGUUGCUACGUUGGAGAUGGAACAAGGAAGUGGAGAGAGACAGAGGGAGAGAAAAAUGUGCUCCAAUCGCAGCAUCUAAUGCGUUUUUCCUGUCUCCGCCAUUUUGUGUUGCUCGUCUCCAUUAGCGACCAGAACGCGAAACGCUUACUUAUGUACUGCUACUACUGAAGCUGUCAACGGUUCAGAUAAUUCAAACACCCGACCGGACGAGGGGAAGCACGCGGAGAAGCACGCGGGGAGAACGGAAUUUCCUAAGCGGGAAUGAUAAAACAUAAUUUUGCCACAAUUUAACAGACAAUUUGUUCGCCAAACGAUGGAAAACGACUCGCACGGUGCAGUGGAGAUGGGACGAGAGGUUCAUUAGCAAAAGCAUGUAAAAUGGAAGGAAAAUGAUGGAAAUUUCGUCCUUCCCCUCUGAGCUACGUCUAGCCAUCGGUUUCUACGAGUGCGUGUGUGCGUGUAUGGGUGCAUUAUGGUUCCAUUUAAGGAUCGUCAAUCACAUCCCUCCUGGGAGGGAGAGAGUUCGAAGCGGUUGUCUAAAGGAUUUGCUUCCCUUCUGACGGUCGUUGUAUAUAAUGGCUUCUUCCUGGAUACAUGGUCGUACGACAGUAGGGUACGCGAACCAACCAUUCACAGUCAGUUAUCAGUGUGAUACGGUUGCAAAAGGAUGCACAAAGCACAUCCAUCAAGGACGCGCCGGUUGUUCUAGGUAUCACAGUGACUUCCGUGCUUGGAUCUCUUGCAGAAGCUUGUCGAGCGUCCGCGUGGAAGGUCCGUGACCAGCGUGUGUUAUGUGGAUAUCGUACGCGUAUUCUUGUGGACAAUUAAUAACUCACUGUAGUGUGUGCAAAUAAAAACAUUUCGCACCAAUCCAAUGUGCACGACCGAUCAGCGUGGCAUGGCAUCGUCCGUACAGGCCCAUCUUCAUGCCAGCGGUACCAGAGCAGGCUACGCCACGAAGGAUCAGAUUCCGGCGGUAAUUGUAGCACGCUGCAAAUCUCCCUCGGCUACGGCCAUUGCCGUGAAGACACCGUUCUCAAUUGAGGACAUACUGUUCCAAAACGGUGGUGCCAGUGUUGGACAUCCGAACAGUCCUGCUCGUGAACAGGCGGUCAAUGGUAGAGCGAUUCCAUCGCCCAGUGACCGACCGAUAGAAUCGGACGGAGACGAAUCGGAUAGUGAAGAUACACCGGAAGUGGCAACUGUUCCUACGAGAACGCACGUUGAUUCGAACAGUCGCAAUAAAAGUUUGUGCGAUUUGAGUGGUUCCGAACGCGGACUUGGGACUGGUAGUAAUACUGGCACUUUAAGUGGUAAUGCUGGAAACAAUACUAAAUCCAGUGAUGCAAGUGGUCGUGGAAGAAGUGGUCAAGAUGGGAAUGGAAUGGUUAAAAGUGGUGAAGAUGAGUAUCGGAAAAUGAUUCUGCACUCAGACAGAUUUGGUAGUAAAUUAAACUUGGAUUCCAGUACACCACAUCAACCGUCGGUCACAUCAGCUCCACGUCCCCAGCAACCACCACCACCGCCGCCUGCACCACCGGUAAGCAGUGCCGGACCGGUUCAAUUUACCAGCGGACCAUCGGCCGGCGUCAUGUACACGACCAACCCGUACAGUGAUCCGGGCUACUUGCAGAUGGCACUUGGCGCAUAUCUAGCACCGUCGGCCAGUGGGUACAAAACAGUCGACCCAUACUUCCUUUCGCAAGGAAUUUUCGCCAGUUCACCUCUAUUCCCCGGUGCCGGAUGUCCCGAUAUUGCCCUUGGUCUGGGAAUGGGUAUGAGUGCACUGCGACAUUGUAGACGCCGGAAAGCUCGCACCGUGUUUAGUGACCCGCAACUGACAGGACUGGAGAAGCGCUUUGAAGCACAACGUUACUUAUCGACACCGGAACGUGUCGAACUGGCGUCGGCGCUUGGGUUGAGUGAAACGCAAGUGAAGACCUGGUUCCAGAAUCGGCGCAUGAAACACAAGAAGCAACUUCGUCGACGUGAGGUCAAUGCUGCCGAUACUAGUGGUUCGAAUGGCAAUGGAACCAGCACCGGUGGAAAUACCAACUCAUCUUCAACCUCCUCCUCUUCCUCCUCGAGCCGACUGCACGGACCACCGCCAGCUUCCUCUUCUGGUUCAACAACUUCAACAUCGUCGUCUUCCUCAUCCGGAUCUUCAGGAUCGUCCUCCAUCAGUGGAUCGGUGUGUGAGAAAGGUGGGUUUACCGCCUACAGCAACGGCAAGGCUACGACGGGUGGUGUGUCACUCGGUUCUAAACCCCCACCAAGCUCGUCCGCUUCCUCCUCUGCCUCUUCUUCCUCGAGUUGCACGAGUGCCGCUGUGCUAAAGUCCUUACCCGGCAGUGGAUCGAUGCAUUCAUCCUUUAGCUUAGUGAAACGUUCGGCAGCAGCUGCUGCGGCGGCAGCGGCGGCGGCUGCUGCAGCAGCCGCGGCAGCUUCCAUCAACAAUGGUGCACCGGGUUCGUCGAUUCAUCAUCCGUUUCAUCCUAAUCAUCAUCCACAUCCUCAUGCCCAUCAGCAGCAGCAUCAUCAUCAUUCGCUCCAUCACCAACAACAGCAUCCAGCGGGAUCGCACCACCUUCUGGCGACACACCACCUGACGCACCUCGGUCCUCCGCCCACCCACCGUACACCUCCCACGAGUGAGGAUGAAAAUGAGAUGAUGAACGAUAGUGAUUCCGACUGUAGUGAUGUAGACAUCGUCGGAGACGAUCAAGGCUAUCUGACGUAAAGGCUUCAUGUGUGUGGUCGACCGCUUGUCAAUUGGUAGUAGCCAAGUGGCCAAGAUAAUACCAUGGCAUCACACCAUGAACUCUUUAGGUAAGCAAAAUGUCCCUUAGUAAGAGGAAUAGAAGUGUACAUAAAGAAGCAGUGCAGAAGCAGAACAAUAGCGGUUGUGUAUUAAUGUAGUAUGCGAAGAAAGUGUUGUACUACAACGUCAAGGAGCUCAGCACGUUUUUAAUUCAGUCCUCCAUUGAUUGAUGUCAUUUUUAUUCAUCUUUUAAAAACAACCUUCAAUUAUACACACCUAACAAUAGACACAAACAGCUUGGGUAAAGUAUAUGAAAGCACGAAAUAUGAAAUAACGAACAAGGGCAAGAGUUGCAAUCUAGGUAUAGGAAGUAAAAUGGAAUGUAAAACAACAGGUUUAAGUCGAUAAAUGUGCUAUAUCGUACAGUUUUUGCGAGAAACGAUAAUAUAAAACCUAAAUAAAGAACUGUAAAUGAUUAUUGUUUUAAUAAUAAAGUCAUCAAAAUAAGUGGAAAACGGAACAAAUCACUAGCUCGGAACGAACAAAUUAUUUCGAUCUCUUUAAUUGCCUUCAAAUAGCUAAAAAGCGGGUCAAUUACAGCAAAUCAUCUCAGAUUAAGUUCCACCUCUGUGUGUGUGUGGGACUGUUCUAUGGGAGGGUGGUUUGAGGGAUUUUUCUUGGAGUUUUCUCCGUGGAAAACUGUUCCCAUUUUCAGUGCCCAGUGCCCCCGGGGCGGAGCUACGAUUAGUACAUAAUACAAUCUGUACCAGUGUAUGUACAUAAACCGUCGUCAAGAAAAAUGAAUGCCGGAAAAAUGCGAUGAUAAUCUACGGUCUCCCACUCCACUCGCAUCCUUCUCUUAGGGGCAUGCGCAUUCAUACGGGAGGAGGGGAAUGGGAACCAACGCGGUUUGUCAUCGCGUAGUUUGCUUCUUCAGCACCACAGUACGGAAAGCAAGUUUGUACUGCUGUAGUCCCUAUUUCUGCACGGGCACAUAUUCCGGGCGCGCUCAUUAGUUCCAAUUAUAUUUGAUGAAGAUAUGGCAUGCUACGAUGAUGUGGCCGGGCCAAGUGCUGUGUGAUGGACGCUCGUUUGGUAUUUUCUUUACCUUCCUGCCUUGUACUUCGUGGAAAGUUGAGUUUGCCUAUCGUUUGGACAUCAUGUGCACAUCGUGUGGCGUUAGUUCCCCAUCCUGGUUAGUUUCGGCGGACGGACUGCGACAGAGGUGGAAGGAUAAUUCAUUUACGACCUUCCGCCACAAAUCAUCUGCUGAUUGAGCGCAUUAUUAAACUUUAUGACUGUAUGUUUUGGCAGGAGGACGGUUAACAAUCAUACUGGUGGGAUGACAUUAGAAUGUGAAAAAGGAUUUACGAGUCGAUCAGAUGAGAAUUUGGCCGUGAAGAGAAUUUAAUUGGAGUUAGCGCGAGUAUGCUAAUUGGAAGUGAUGACACGUUUUCUAUCAAAUGGAAAAAAAAUGGUAGAAUAAUUUCGAUAGCCAACUCUCAUGGUGUUGACCAGAGAACUCAAAAUUGAUUACGAGAUAUUUUGUAUAUUAAAACAAAAGGGCCAAAAUCGCAUAUCGAUUCUGGCUCAGGUUUAUUUAAAAUUAGUAAAAGGUGUUUUAGUUUUAACUGUUCCGUCAAUGUAUUUCAACUAUUUGAGACAUUUUUAUAAUUUCCAGCUUUAUUUAGCUUUAUAAAGCAAGUAUAAAUGCCUUUCUGGCGUAAUGUAUAACCGUGAGAACAUUUUUAAUCACCAAACAAAACGAUAUCACAUUCAAUAACCCCAACGAUCCAACUUUUUCGUUUCUUUUUUUGCAACCAAUAUUUCGUUCCCAGCACGUACUGUCAGCGUUUUGGCCGGAUAGCGUCAGAAAGUCUUUAAGUAACUAAUUAGCAGCAAAGGUUCCCAUCGGUACGGAGCACGUUCUGCUGUUGGCAGAAGUGAAGCGCCCGGUUGUUUUCGCAAAACAUCAUUUCCGUGACGAUGGUGACACUCUGGUGAUCCUUGAUGAAAAGGAUCGUGGAAGCACGUAGACCAUGGAGACAGAGAGAAGCGAAAGGGACCAGCAUCUUCUCAUUACCGCAUUGCAAUGCUAACGUAAUGUUGAAGACGUAAAGCAUGGUCUGAAUCAGUGACCCAGUUGGAUGAGGAUGUGAAUGAUUUCUCGGAAGAAAUCGCUGUAAUACUUAAGAAAGAGUAUUCAAAAUCCGUAGCUUGGGAAAUUAUUUAAUGAGGAAUAGUUCAAAGUCUUGUUUUUCUUAACUCCUCUUAAUGACCACAACACUUACUACAGUAGGUGAAGUUCUGACAGCUCUCAAGUGCUAUCGUAUAAGCGGUAGAAUCACACAAACCCCUAACAAAGCCAUCAGGCCGGUGUCGUUGACAUCGCUUGUUAAGCGGUUGUUUAAGGCCAAAUGGAAACCCUCAUUUUCCAGUAGAUGCAUUGUCCUUACACUUCCGCUUGGCCGUACUUAUCGCUUCAAAAUCAGGACAGUACAGUUUAAUGCAGCAAAACGUGUGUGGACAUUUGCAAUUAUUGCAUGACAUAUUUCCUGAACAAAACUGAACAGUAUGAAAAAGAACUGUUUAACCUGUUCGCAAGCAAUAUUUUCCUCACCUAUCAUCAUAGCAAUACAGGAAAGAAAAAAUCAUUGAUGUAGUACAGUGUGCAGCGGAUGCUACAUUAUUAUUAUCCGGAAAUGCCAGAGAGAUAGGUAGAUGUUGUAAACGUGUCGAGGGAUGUGAAUUAAGAAACGGAGACAUAAAUAGAAAAAUAACCGUCAAAUCAUAAUUAUUGCUUUAUGAGGCGAACCUUCCUCAAAUAGGUGAAAGGGUAGAAAAAUAUUUAAACAGUAGCAUAUUGAUUAUCUUCCGGCAAUGAUCAACGAGGAACAUUUUGCUGAGAUUGGAACAAUGAUUAGAAACAGCAGUACGUACAAAGACCUUGCUUUUGGUGAUAGGUUCAAAUGGCACGUGCGUUCUAGUGAUGACAAUUACUUCGAUAACAUCGUGAAUAACAGCUUCAUUUUAAUAAAAUUUGUUGAUAAAAUGAAUGGUAACAUUUCAGAAUAGUAGGUGAUAUUAGAAUAAUUGUUUUAAAUUUUUUGCAACUCCUACUAUCUAUAGUCCGAUAGGUCUGAUAUUCUCUUUGCUAAAAUACAAAGCCAUUAGCGAGCUGCUUCUCUGCAAAAAAUAACUUAAACUCGAACUUUCAGCUUCGAAAGCAUGAAAAACAGUGUUUCCACUCUCUGUGCUAAGAUUGACAAUUUAGAUAGCACUCCACUUUAGACACAUUUAAAAAAAAAUGAUACAGGCUUCAUCCAGCGCAGAAAAAAAAUCCCCGACAUAGAUCAAGCACGGAAAAUGCCACCGAAUAAAGCGAAAAAUUGAUUGGAUUUAUUGCAGCGAAACCCCACCCUUCGAUGCGCAUCGUACGGAAGGUUGUUGGCGGGUUGUUGAGCAUUACCCGACCCGACCCUUUUGCUAUUCGCGUCCGCUUGACUUUUCGGCGCGAGCCAAAAAUUACUGGGAUCACGUCAACAAAGCGUCGACACAGACGGGAGAAAUUAUGGGAGAUGCUCGCCGGGCAAAUGGACCGGAAGCGGGUGUACAUGUAAAUAUUGUUAUUAAAUUUAGAUACGAUCAAUGAAGGCGUAAUUAAGCGUUUCGUCAAACGGUGAUGGGAUUUUUUAAGGGUAGCUUUGUAGCAAAUGGAUUGACGGAGCGAGAACACACAAAAUACAGAGCACAGAUAUGUAGCAUUCCCAAACGAAGUGUAAUGGCUAAUGCAUUGCGUGUCAGAGUGAUCCGUUGCCGUGUUAUUGAGGAUGAGGAGGAUGUAAAAUUGUAAAAAUUCGAUAAAAUCAAACCAUUGAUGUUUCAACGCUGUACUUUAUGUAAGAAAAUGAUGAGAAGGAGUAAUUAAAAUAAUACAAAAAAAUUAACGCGGGAUGAAUAAAUCACGAAUUAAAGCGAUCGCAUUUUCAUAAUUCAUAUUUUAAAGAUUAACAUUGUGAUGUAUCUAUACUAAAAUGAAUAUUAGUAAUUAUUAAAAUGUUGGUUAGGUGACCAAGAUGUAGAAUAGAUGUAGAAAUUCUCAAAUAUGAGAAAAAAG